AAAAAAGAGAGCGAAAGUUGUUGUACGACCAUCACUUAAGUUGUGUAUUAUCAGCAACAAUUUUAUUUACUUUAGUAUUAUUUUCAUAUUCGCACAUUUUAUAUUCAAUAGUCUAGGAGUUUAAUGGUCUCAACAAGUGCCUGAUAUCAUGACAAUCAUAUUCGAACGACGACAAAUUAACGAUAAAUUUCUAAUUGUUCAGUUUCAAUUUGAUUCGUACGAUGUGAAGGGAGGUGACGUUCAUUCGCUUGAUAAAUAUAUUGGGCUUGAUUUGUGGUCACAAAUAUAUACGAAACUGAACACACCAUUGGAAAAAUACAAAUCCAAUAUUGAAGCCAAAUUAAAAGCAGAAACAAUUUCGAUGCAUCGUGCACAAUUAGAACUGAAAUUGACAUGGCGUAAUAAACAACCAUUUCAUAGAGAAGUUUUGAACCAAGAAAAGAAAAACUGUGAUUUAUGCCCAUUCGUAUUAAUUGUAUCCAUUAGCCCGGUUUCACUAGUCAACAAAUAUAAGAAACAACUUUCUCAAGAUAAAUUGACAACGGAAAAAUCACAGUCCAAAUCGACGAAUGAACAUAAAUCGGCAACUCAACCAAAACUAAUGAGUGGACGUGAAUCAAGCGAUUCGAAUGGUACGCGUACACCAAAUAGUGUCGAUUCAACUGAAAACGUCGAGGAAUAUGUGCCACCUGGUAUCACUACUGCAAAAAACCUCAAUUACACACCGUCACCUACUGGCGUGAAAAAGAUGGAUGAAUAUACACCGCCGAAUAGCAUUAAAUCUGAUUCAGACAUUAUCACAUACACACCCACGAAAAUCGACGAAAAUAAAAGUUACAAACAUAAAUCAACCGUCAAAACCGAUUUAAAUCGAAAUGAUUGUCCACACAAAAAGAAGCGCACUAAUUAUCAUAAAGUUGAACGUAAUGGUCGAGCAAAUUUGCGUUCAGCUAAAAAGGCAACAUCAAAGCCACAAUCGACAAAUUUGUAUAGUUUGGUUAGUACAUCGCGAGCAUUAAAUGACGAAACCAAAAUUAACGAAAUCAUCCCGAUUGAAGAAAAACAUUACAAGAACAAACAAUUUGAAAAGAAUGAUGAAUCGAGAAAAUUGAAAAAACUCCGAAAAGACUGGGAAUUGGACCAAAUGCAAGAAAAAAAUAUUGUCAUCGACAAGAUUCUGAACUUGCAUGACAUGACGUUCGACGAAAUCACAGAUACAUUGCCUCAAAAUGAAAAAUUGUUGCGUAAUAGAGUUCGGGAAUGUGUAUCCACUCCAGAUUAUUUGAUAAAGAAAAAAGCGGCUGACUACUGGGAUUAUUUGUUGCUUUUAGACGGUUUGAUUACAAGUGAUCAACAAACAUAUAUGUACACACAGCUUCGUCAAAUGUUUUUCAAAGACGAACCGGAUGCCACUUCAACGAAUCAUGAGAAUCUUUUGUGGUGUUUUUUGGUACCACAAUGGGCAAUACACAUUUUUAUGAAUAAAUUUAUUCUGACGAAAGACGCGGCUAUUCGACGUUUGAAGGAUCAAGAUCGAGCCAGCAUUCAAGCCUCGUCAGGACACUAAAAAUUUUGGAAAUUAAACUUAUAUUAGAAAACGCCAUUUAUCAACUAAAGGGGAAAAUGCAGCUAAAUACUUAAGAUAUGACCGAUUAAUAAACUGAAGAAUUGUUUUUAAAGAAAUUUAAUAAUUUACUUAGAAGUGAUUAAAAGCAAUUACUAAAAA